CCAGCGAGUUUAAAGGAUUUAAAGUGUGAGUGAUUUUAAACAUGAGGAGUGCGGUGUGCGUUUUGGUUUUGGCCUUUUUUGGCUGCGUGCGAGCCCAACAGCUCAAAGGGAACCAAGAGGAUCCCUGCAAGCUGAAAUCGAAAGUGGUCGGAGACGAAACUUAUUGUGACAGAUACUGGGAAUGUGUGAACGGCCAACAAGAGUUAUACGACUGUCCUAAUGGUCUAGUUUUUGCUGGAAAAAAUCGCGGAGUGACUGAAGGUUGCGACUAUCCGUGGAGGUCCAACUACUGCGACAACAAACAGCAAGCAAACCCGCCCAUUUCCACCGAACACUGUGACUGGCUUUAUGGCAUUUUCGGGCACGAGACUUCCUGUACGAGGUACUGGACGUGCUGGAAUGGCACUGCCACGGAACAGCUUUGCAUCGGCGGGCUUUUAUACAACGAAAGAACGCAUUCUUGUGACUGGCCCGAAAACGUAGACGGGUGCCAGAAACACCCUCUUUGUAAUGAUGACCCCAAUGGUAAUGUCCCCUUGGGAAAAUCGUGCAAUAGAUACUGGCAGUGUCAAGGGGGCUACCCCCGCUUGCAAAGGUGCCCAGCUAUGCUAGUCUUCGACCGUAGGUCUCUACGGUGUGUUGUGCCCCCGACCGAAGACUGCGACGUCCCAAGUACUAUUCCACCGCCGCCCCCAGAGGAGGACGACGACAGCAACAUCCCACAAAACAACCCGAAAAAUAAACAACAUAAUUUCAAUUUACCCCCCGGUGCUAUCCCCGUGCCGGAGAAAAACAGACCAAGGAAUUAGACUAGUUGCCACUUUUUAUAAUAGUUUUAAAGCGAGAGAAUUUGUACCUGACUGGGGUACAACUUGUUGCCACAUUUGACAUUUUCGUUAUGCAAUGAAAAAUUAAUUUAUUUCCCUUAUGUGUGAAUUUAAUUUUACUUUCACUUGUUCAAUUACCUUUCUCUACUUACUCCAACUUCAUCUAGUGCCAGUAUUUUUAUUUUUCCCUUGUUGCGUAACACGUUGUGAAUAAAUAAAUAUUUAAGUUUGUAUGAGCGUAAUCAAUACAUUUUUUAAA